CCUCAUGGUCUUAGCGUGUCCGUAGCCCAAAACCGCCCUUCUCUCUCUCGCACACACUUUGCCUUCUCGCGAAGCAAAUAUUUGAUCCUCUCUGUGUAUUUGCAUUUUCACAAUUUAGUCAAACCUUGAAACAGAAAGAAAACCCUUUGAUCUGAACGUCAAUCUCUGUUCUCUCCUGGGGAAUCAGGGAUUAAGAGAGAAGUUGCUGGCUACAUGAAUGGUUUGACAGCUGGUUAUUGUUAUGUAUAUGUAUAUAUUCAUCUGAAUAUGCGGUUUUGAUCUUUAUAUCGGUUAUUGAAUUCUGGGUUUGAAGAUUCUUGUUGGGUUUUGUCAGUUUAGUGCAAAUUGGGAAUAGAAAUUUAGUGGGGCGAUCCAUUUCCUUCCAAUUCUUGUUGGGUUUUGUUAGUUUAGUGCAAAUUGGGUGUAGAGAUUUAGUGGGCGAUUCAUUUUCUUCCCCGCUGUUGUAAUUUUUAUAACUGCGGGUAGAAGAAGAUGUCUAGUUUUGUGGGUGUUCUUGUUUCUGAUCAAUGGCUUCAAAGUCAGUUCACACAGGUUGAACUUCGCAGCCUCAAAUCGAAAUUUAUUUCACUAAAGAAACAGUAUGGUAAAGUUACAAUUGGAGAUUUGCCAUCUUUUAUGGUGAAAUUAAAAGCUUUCAGUGAGAUGUUUAAUGAAGAGGAGAUUAGGGGGAUAUUGGGCGUGCCAGAUUCUGAUAUGAAUAACGAGAUUGAUUUUGAAGGUUUCCUCAGGACAUAUUUGAAUUUGCAAACUCGAGCUACGCCAAAAAAGGGUGGUUCAAAGAACACUUCAUCCUUCCUCAAAUCGACCACUACCACCCUUCUUCACACCAUCAGUGAAUCAGAGAAAGCAUCUUAUGUUGCUCACAUCAACAGCUAUCUCCGGGAUGAUCCAUUUUUGAAGCAAUAUCUUCCUAUAGAUCCUUCUACAAAUGCUCUGUUUGAUCUUGCAAAAGAUGGUGUUCUUCUAUGUAAGCUUAUCAAUGUUGCUGUUCCAAAUACGAUCGAUGAACGAGCUAUUAACACCAAAAGGGUUCUCAACCCAUGGGAAAGGAAUGAAAAUCACACCCUUUGCCUCAACUCUGCAAAGGCUAUUGGCUGCACAGUUGUUAACAUUGGCACCCAGGACCUAGUUGAAGGGAGACCUCAUCUGGUAGUGGGGUUGAUAAGCCAAAUCAUAAAGAUCCAACUCUUGGCUGAUCUCAACCUUAGGAAGACACCACAACUUGUGGAAUUGGUGGAAGACAACAAUGAUGUUGAGGAGCUUAUGGGAUUAGCUCCGGAAAAGGUCUUGUUGAAGUGGAUGAAUUUCCAUCUCAAGAAAGCAGGCUACAAGAAACCUGUAACAAAUUUCUCAUCUGACCUGAAGGAUGGAGAAGCUUAUGCAUACCUUCUUAAUGUUCUUGCACCUGAACAUUGCAGUCCAUCCACCUUGGACAGUAAGGAUCCCACUGAAAGGGCUAAUUUGGUACUUGAGCAUGCAGAGAAAAUGGACUGCAAAAGAUACCUUAGUCCGAAGGACAUUGUUGAAGGCUCACCAAAUUUGAAUCUUGCAUUUGUUGCACAAAUAUUCCAUCAGAGGAAUGGCCUGUCUACAGACAGCAAAAAGAUAUCCUUUGCAGAGAUGAUGACAGAUGAUGAGCAAAUGUCUAGAGAAGAGAGAUGCUUCCGACUGUGGAUUAAUAGUCUUGGAAUUGCUACUUAUGUUAAUAACAUGUUUGAGGAUGUAAGAAACGGAUGGAUACUUUUGGAAGUGCUAGAUAAAAUUUCUCCGGGAUCAGUGAACUGGAAGCAUGCAACAAAACCUCCUAUUAAAAUGCCAUUCAGAAAAGUAGAGAAUUGCAACCAAGUCAUUAAAAUUGGAAGGCUAUUAAAGUUUUCCCUAGUAAAUGUAGCAGGAAAUGAUAUUGUACAAGGGAAUAAGAAGCUCAUACUCGCUUUCCUAUGGCAGUUGAUGAGGUCUAAUAUACUUCAACUCCUAAAAAACUUGAGGUCUCGCACCCAAGGAAAGGAGAUUACUGAUGCUGAUAUCCUAAAUUGGGCAAAUAAAAAAGUGAGGAGCACAGGCAGAACUUCUAAAAUGGAGAGUUUUAAGGACAAGAGCCUUUCAAGCGGAUUAUUUUUCCUUGAACUUCUCAGUGCAGUGGAGCCGAGGGUUGUGAAUUGGAAUCUAGUUACCAAGGGUGAAAGUGAUGAGGAGAAGAAGUUGAAUGCUACAUACAUUAUCAGUGUUGCACGGAAGCUUGGGUGUUCCAUUUUCUUGUUGCCCGAGGACAUCAUAGAGGUAAAUCAGAAGAUGAUCCUUACACUCACGGCCAGCAUCAUGUAUUGGUGUCUUCAGCAACCAGUGGAAGAGUCAGAGUCAUCUCCAUCUCCAUCUCCAUCGGCAUCCCCUGCUGCUACUACCACUCCUGAUGCAUCACCAGCACCGUCCAUAAAUGAUGAGGACGAAAGUUCCCUGAGUGGUGAAGUCUCGACCUUAACUAUUGACGACACGGCCUCUGACACUACAGUCUCUUCACAGGUUGAAAAUGAGGAUACUCGUGUAGCGGAAUUGAACACGAGUUGAAUUUUGUCACUUGGUCUGGGCGGAAAUAAAAAGGAAAAGAAAAUGAGAACAGAACAGAAAUUAAAACAUGUUUUUACUUAGAUGGUGAAAUCAUGAGUAGUUUUUUCGACCGGAAACAAAUAGACAACCUGAAAAAAACAAAAAAUGCCUCUGGUGCAUGAAGAGAGAGGGGGGGAAUAACUCUUGUAAAGUUUCAUAGCUUUCGAUAAAGUUGUUCCCUUUUUCUUUAAUUUUUUAUUUUUUUGUUGAUAAGUGCCCCCUUUUCUUUAAUUCUCCUUGUAUUUUAAGAAGACUUUGGCAAUUUAGAUGUAUUUUAUUGGACGGUUGUUCACAUGGAUCAUGUGAAAUAAUAUUCCACCACUACAAAAUUUUGAACGUGGGGGUGGGUGUAUUGGCAA